UGACAGGAUCGAGAAAGAUCUUCGUUAUCCCGCUCACCCAUCUCACCACACGUAAUGAGCCCAAAUAUCAUUCUUUCAAACUCGGAAUCUUCAUACUAUCCGUCUUGCUGGGAAGAUUGAUACAUAGUAGUGGCUGAGGCUUCAGUUCGGAUUGAGCUGCUUCAAGCAAUCCCGCGGGCGCCGCCAGACAAACCUCGUCGUCAUGGCCUUCACGAACAAUGCCGGCGUCUACCUCGGGCCGCUUACAACAUCAUGGUCCAUGCCCGAGUCAUGCUCCUUUCACUUCUCGCCAUGUUCCACGUGCCAGGAGGGCUUCCGAGGCCAGGCAUGUGUUUCCGGGGCGCCCCAAGACCACGCCGGAUGUUGGCCACCCACCGUCGAAGGCGUCGCGACGCGGAACCAUCCCUUUGUCGGCUGGGGGUUUUACUCUCCCGGUCUCGCUUGUCCCACGGGCUACACAUCAGCUUGCACUGCAAUCCACGGCCAGUUCCCGGAAUGGAAUAUACAAUUUACACUGCGGCCGGGAGAGACCGCUAUUGGGUGUUGUCCGACGGGAUACCAAUGCACCAACAGGAACGGCAACACGUGCAUCGCCAUAGCGUCGACAUCAACCGACGUCCCCUCCGCAACAUGCGACGGCGCCAAUGUGGUCGCCACGACUCUCAAACCAUUCCCGGACAUCGUCACUGUAAGCCGCACAACAAUAGACUCGGACGAGAGCACAUCCUCCAUCAUCACAGGCACUGUGACACGCACCAUGACACUCCUCGCGCCCAUGUUCCAACUCAACUUUCAGUCUACGGAUCUGAUAACAACAUCUUCGGCUGCAGCCUCCGAAACACCCUCCUCUAAAAUACCAUCCCCUGAAAUACCGUCUUCUAGCGACAGAUUGUCGUCUUCACCAGCCGAGCCUCCACAGAGUUCUGGGGGAGUAGGGAGCGAGCAGGACCCUGCCGGUGGCGAGACCGGAGGUCCGUCACUCUCGGGCGGUGCGUGGGCCGGUGUGGCCGUCGGAGCCAUGGCCGGGCUUUUACUGGUGGUUGCUGCUGUCGGGUGGUUCAUUAUCAAGAGGAGGAGAAAGCAGAGACGUCUAAAGAACAUGGAUGAGGCGGCUCCGGGUGACGCGACCCAACCGGGCGAAGGCGAUAUGUACGCGGCCUACAAGGCAGCGCCGCCAGUGUACGGUUCUCAUGGCGACGGUUAUUCGAAGACCAAGGAGCCGAUAGAGCUUCCGAUCCCCAGCCCGCGACCUGUAGAGCUGCCGGCAGACAGCUGGAGGUGACGGACCUGCAUAGUUGCUGCAUAUUUCAGGGCCAUUGAAGGGCACAUGCACCUAUGCAAAGUCGGUUGCAUGUGGGCGCUGGGGAGACGUAGAUUCAGUGUUGCACAUAUAUAUAACCCACGAAGCAUGAACAAUACAUAAUGACAGCUUCAAGUUUUGUUUGAUUUACCACUAGGCACUUAAUGCCUGUGGAAUAGAAUAAGCGUUUGUCAUGACCUACAAA